AUGGGGAAGAUAACGAAGCAGAUGCAGCCUAAGCAUGCCGAGACUUUGUCUCCAUGGCUCAAGGACUUCGUCACGUCGGCCUGCUCGACCCCUUUGCCUCUUCUCCCAGACCACCUCUCCAAGUUUCCGACGAGAUGGCCUUUCCCGAGAGGCGAUCUUUACCACUGGAUCCCCCUCCUCAACCGAUUCGACAACAUCUUGGACUGCUUCUCCACCACGUACAAUCUCGAUCAGGGUCCCCAAAAUCGCGAUUUCAGUCGCGACCUUCUUCUUAAUCAAGGCACCAAGACUGAAUCAUACGGUGACCAGAUAUGGGAUGCCGAGGGCUUGUCCAAGCUAGGCUACGAGGAUGAUGGUGACAGGCAGCUUAUUGAGGCUGUCCUCAAGUUCACCCGUACCCUCCUGGAGCACUGCGGCAACCGAAGCAUCUACUCCAGCAGCAUGGUGCUGAACAAGUUACUCAACACUACCGCCUUGUCAGUCCUCCUCGCCACUCUGCAAGUCAGCGCCGAGUUGGCACAGCGCUACCAAGCUUCUGUCAAGCGAAUCGGUAGUGCCUCUAGAACAGUCAGCACGGCCUUGCUGGGCAAUCACUACCAGAUCGACCUCGACCGCGUACAAAAUCUCGCACUGCCCUUCUCCAAGACUCCGAUCGUUAGCCUUUCGGACUCGGCGGCCGUCGCCACGCCCACAUCCAGCACCAAAGGCAAAGACAAGGUCCAGCCGACAAACCAGAAGAAUGCAGCAGUUAUGUUUGCCAACGAUCUGGGGUCUGUUCUUACAUCAGACAACGCCCGUUGGAAUGGCUGGGGCGACAUCAAAGUUCCUUACACAGCGUCGUCCGCUGCGAAAGACCAGCCCAUCCCGGCCGCUUCAGAUCGUGUUGCGUCGAGCAUGCCUUCCACGCCCACCCCCUUAAGACGCAGCACAACGGCCGGAUCACAGCACAACACCCCUCGCUCGGCUCGUCAGCCCGGGGCUGAAGAUAUUUCGCCCCUGAGUGUCCGGCAACCUGGUAACUUCGGCGAGCAAGCAAACUCCAGUCAGAGGCUGUUUGACCUGCCACAGUCAAUCGUGGCAUCUACCUCCAUUUACGAGCUCCUUUCGCGGUGCCCCGAGGAUAUGCCGGCUUCGACAAAAUACGAUGUGCUCAACCGAUUGCGAGUUGCCAAAGCGCUUCUGGGUGGUGCGGAGUCCCGGCAGCAAGCCCUUGCCGUCCGCUUGCUUGCCAUCACGAACCUGGCGUACAUUCACCCCGAGUCUACCUUCCUCGAAAAGGUACUGCGUCAUGACAAUGAUGAAACUCGCCGUUAUCAGCUGGCCUACCAAUUGGCUGAACUUAUCCACCCUCCGGCGGAUGGAUCCAUCCAGGUGCCUCUCUGGCUCCAAUCCAUUGUUCUCGCCCUUCUUGAAGUCAUUUCCAACUACGCGGCGAGAUACCAAGAUGUUUUGUCCGCUUUGAAUGCCAACGUCAACCACGGCAUCCUUCUGUAUGUUAUUCGCAAGGCAGUUGCAGGCAUGAAGACGGACGAACCGGAUCGCGGCAUCCAUACUACUGAGGUCGAUCAGUGGCGCACCAACCUCUUCUCGCUGACCACCCACCUGGCAAUGUCCACCAGAAUCGGCGCUGAAAUGGUUACCGCUGGACUCAUGGAUAUCCUGGUGGAGAUUCUCAAGAUCAGGUCUGACGUUGCUCAACGCAAUCAAUCCAUGAUCUUGGCGUUUAUUGACGGUCUGAUCUGGUCGUACCAGAAUGCCUUCCAGACAUUCUUCAGCGGAUCCGGUCUUGACGCCAUAUCCGACCUUCUCGUUACCACUGUAGCCGAUGCAAAGCAGCUGGUUGAGUCUGGCCAGGGAAACAAGCCAGAACACUUGUGUCAGGUCGUGGAUUAUGAGAUUCCCUACAAUCAGCAGCAGACGCUGAAAUGGGUUCUCAAGUUCGUUCAUCACAUGAUGACGAACUCGUACAGUUACGGCGGGAACACCGACAGACUCCUGCGUAACCUUGUAGACAAAUCAGAGUUGCUGGGCAGCCUCCGGGACAUCAUGCAGAACACGAAGCGCUUCGGCUGCGUCUUGUGGACUAACACGGUCGCGGUGCUAAGCGACUUCAUCAACAACGACCCCACGAGCUUCGCCGCCAUCUCCGAGUCUGGCAUGAUCGUUGCUUACCUGGAAGCCAUCACCGGCCGCCCUGUUGCGUCUCAGCCAACCCUUCCGCCGCCGCAGGAAUCGGAGGAUCAAACAAGAGACAACACGGAGACGCAAACGGCGACGGAUGGGGAACCCGAGGGCAACCGUGAGGGCAACGAAGAUGAAAGCAGUCCCGAUGUACUCAACGCCCCUGCGCAGAUCGAGGCUGACACCCGCCCUCACCCACCCCCCGAGGAUGAGUUGGCCACAUCUCACGACACCCGUCCGCUGGCGCAAGGCAUUUUGCCAGCCUCUGAUGCCAUCAACGUUGUGCCGCAGGUCCUCAACUCGAUCUGCCUCAACAACGCUGGUAUGAAAAUGGUGGCAUCUUCACGCGCCCUCGAGUCGUUCUUGGAAAUAUUCGAAAGCCCAGCUCAUGUCAACACCAUGGAAACCGAUCCUCAUCUUGCCAGUAACGUCGGAGCCAGCUUUGAUGAGCUUGCCCGGCACCAUCCCAACCUGAGACGUCCAAUCUCGAAUGCUGUCAUUGACAUGGUUGCUCGGGUGAGGUCUCUGGGUAUCUACAAAGCCAAGACUGCCGGCUGGGGUGCGAAACUUCUCUUGGGCGAUGGUGCACAGAAGCCCGCUGCCGCUGACGAGGCAUUGAGGGAGCGUCUCGCUGCCCCUUCCACUAAGGGCAAGACAUCGGAGAGCAGUGGCGACCCAGACAUUGAAAUGUCGGAUGCAGCUGAAGCCUCAACUCGAAAGGCAACACUGGGCAGUGAAGAGCCAUCCUCUUCCGUAACGGCCUAUGAUGACAUCACGCCUUACGUCUACGCCCUGUCCAGCUUCCUUUCCGCCUACUUCAACAACAACACGCUGAAGGCCUACUUUAUUAACCAUGGAGGGAUUGAGCUGUUGUUAGACGUCGCUGAGUUGCCCAGUCUCCCGCACGACUUCUGCGAUUCGCACGCAUCCCGGACGUUGCACUUGGUCAUUUCCCAACUCGUUGAACAGUCUCCGGUCCUCGGUCUACCCUCCUUGCUUAGACGUGCCCAGGCUUCCGUGGAGGCGCUCAAGCCAUUGGCCGAGUACACCAAAGACUCACCCUACUUUGGCCCAUUCUUGACUCCUGAUGACAAGUUGACCGUGGACCAAGUCCUCGAUCUUGAUACUGAGACGCAAGAAAGGAUUUACAACGGCACCAAGAUGGUCAAGGCUCUUCUCACCGCACAGUCGCUCAUCAAGACGUUGUACGAGUGCUUCACGUCGUCACCGCGCUCCAACUCGGUUCAGCUCUAUCCCAUCAACGUGUUUGACUCCUAUCUAGACUUGAUCAAGUCACUAGGACCUCUUCUGAAGGCUGUCCUGGCGGAGGAAGGCGCAGAGCACAACGUUCUACCUCAACACUGGUGGGCGAAAAGACCGGCUCCCGGCAGCGACGUUAUGGUCUCGUUUGGUGGGCCCGCUGGAGCUCAGACGGUCGGUGAGCCGGAGCCGGAGAACGUCACGGCGCCAGUUGAGCCCUCGGGCGCUACCCCUGGUGCCGUCCCAUCGGCGGGUGUUGGCGCUCAGCCUAAAGGCCCAAGCAAGCAGGAGCAGGUGACACCUCGGUAUCGUAACUACGAGACGCUUCGCAUUCUCCUUCAUUCGAUGGUACCGUCAACGUUCCCCUUCUUUCAACAACUAGGCAAAGCCCUCUUCCCGAGACGCGAGCGCGAUCCUUACUCUCGUCCGAAGCACAUUGAUCUUGCCAGGCAGCUGUCUGGCACGAUUCUGGGACAGCUGGCUCCUUCAGUUAGUCUUGCUGAGCCUACGGCCAAGGAGUACCAUUACUGGAUCAUCAUGCUCCAUACACUGACAGAGAUGUUGAUGGACUCUUCACGAUCAUCCAGCGAUCGGUCAUUCAUCCUGGUCGUCAUGCCGGUACUGGUAGCCUUCUUGGAGCAGGGCGGCUUCCUUGUUCUCACGGCCAUGGUGCGCCGCUUCUCGGCCGAGAUUUGCAAGGAAACUGGAGAUUCUGAUGCCGGGACCAGUGCUAGUGCUAGGGUUGCGUCAUUCGGUCUCGGGAAGAUCUUUGAGUUUUUCGCGGCUCUCGUCAACGGCAAGAACAUCUCUGACUCAUCUGCACAAUUUGGCCUCUUGCCUCGCCCAAUGGAGAGACGCCCCGAAGCCCCCAUCUCUCAGCAAAUCGUUGUGGAUGUGCGAAUGGCUGUUCUUCCGGUGAUUCGUGAGACGUGGGAGUCCUCCUUGAUCGAGAAACUACGGCCUGACACGGUGGCCAAGGUCAUCGAAAUUCUCAAGAUCGUCUCCGCGGGCGACCACGAACCAUCCCCUCGAGACAGGUCUGCUGUCGAGCUCUUUAAGAAAUCACCAGUCCCGUUCAACUGGCAGGCUCAUCAUAUCUUGAUUGCCCAGCUUGUCGAAGACGGUGCUGAUUUGGACCUAGCCCGCGAAGCUGUCUUCCGAGCUAAUGGCAACCAACCAUCUGCAACGGAGUACAGCCGCCUCCACAGGGCUGGCAAAGCAGGCCAACGCAACCCUGUGCCCCCCGAAGACGCCUACACCACCGGGCGACCUGGGCCAUCUGGUGCCCCAGCUCAAGCUGAGGCGUCCGUACCGGCAGCUCCUGCCGACGCUGAUGCAAUGGCAGUCGAUGUGGCACCCGAGUUCGCCACACCGGAGCUGGAUCGUCUGCUUGGCGACGCCGUUCUUGGCGAUCUAGGCGACAGAGCACCCACUGACUCGAGCGGCAACGGGAACGGAACCCCUGCUGCUGCCGCGGAAGCUCAACCCAGAACCGUCACCUCUGCCCCAGCGGCCGCCGAGGACCAGGCUCAGGCCGAGAACCGUCCGACAAACAAGGAGAAUCUGGAUAACGAACGGUCAAAGCUGCGGGAGAACCUCAUUGACCGAUCCCUUGACGUUGUCCGGGCUCACCCGCACUCGGCUAUUGAGCUUUCUGAGCUCAUCAGCGCAAUGGUUUUCCGCCAGCAGAACGAUGACGCUCGAGACGAAGUCGGCGCAACUCUGGCGAACGCGCUGACCUCUUUGUCCUUCGAUGACAGCGACUCAAAAUCCAACGGCACUAGCAUUGCCGCAUACGCUCACCUCCUGGCUCUCCUGAUGCAGGACAAGAGCUUUUUCAAGUGCAACAUCGAUACUUUGAGAGAAAAGGUGGAUGAGUAUAUCGCAUUCCUCAACUUGAAGGUCCUCCCGACGUCGAAUGAAGAGCUUCCGCCUUGGAUUCCCUACAUUCUUCUAAUCGUCGAGCUGCUGCUUUCGCAUGAUGAGCAGCCUCUUGAAGCUCAUUGGAAGCCUCCGCUUACCGACAGUGAGGUAACUGUACCGCCGGUGCUCCCACAGCGAGAUCCGAUUGUGUCGGACGACCAGCGAAACUCGCUUCUCGAAGCGAUUCUUCGUCUGCUUCCCGUUCUCGGCAAAGAAGAGACUCUUGCAACGUCGGUACUCCGAGUCAUUCUCAUAUUGACGCGGAAGCCAUCCAUUGCGCAAAAGGUUGGGGAGAAGAAGAACCUCCAACGUCUGUUUGUUAUGGCCAAGCAGCUCGCUGGCGCAGGUGCGACGCGUCUAAAAGAAAGCAAGACGACCGGCAGCAUCAUGGCGAUCCUGAGACACAUCGUGGAGGACGAGGAAACUCUCAAGCAGAUCAUGCGCGCUGAGAUCCGCAACUUGUUUGAAAAUCCUCAGCGUACCCAGAGGAACCUGGAUCUCAGCACGUACUUGCGCAACAUGGCCCCCCUUGCCCUGCGUUCUCCGGAUCUCUUCGUCGAAGUCACCAACGAAAUGACCAAACUAUCUCGUUGGACUCCAGGGAGUGAGGGUAGUAGCCGUGCCAAUCAACUGGCACUGAAGGAUCCCGAGUCCGCGGCCAAGGCCAACCCCACUGAUAAGGACGCAAUUGUCGAACCUGCUGUACAGGCCACAGAAGACCUUUCAAUUCACGACGUCAAGCAAUCAACGGAGACGGAUGACAAGGAGAUGGCGGAUGCGCCGAAGCCGGUGGCUGAACUGAAGCGACCGGUGGUCGAAAACCCCCAUGGCAUCAUCCACUUCCUCCUCUGUGAACUGCUCAACUACCGAGAGGUCGACGACAAGGAGUCCUCGCAGCCGGCUAAGGACCCCAAGGGCACUGCGUCGCCUGGCGCCAUUACCGCAGAAGCUGGAUCGCAAAACGCCGCGGCGGACAGCCAGGAUGCUGCCGAGAACAAGGACAAGGAUAAGAAGUCGUCCAAGCCGGUCUUCAAGGCUGAGGACCACCCCAUUUUCAUUUACCGAUGCUUUUUGCUCAACUGCCUCGCCGAGCUCCUUCAAAGCUACAAUCAAACGAAGGUUGAGUUUAUAAACUUCAAGCGGAGCGCACCGAUGCAAACCAACACGCCCGUCAAGCCUCGGUCGAAUGUCUUGAACUACCUCAUACACGACCUGCUUUGCCAAGGCAAUCUUAGUGACAAUGGAGACAGCAUUCUGUCGAAGAAAAAGGCUGCUACAUCUGCCCAGGCCCAGCAGGUUCUUGUUGCACUCGUGGCCAAGACUGGCGAAAAGGUUAUUGACAAGACUCGGGAUCGGUUCGAGUAUGAUGACGAGCCUGAUUUGCUUUUUGUUCGCAAAUUUGUCUUGGACACCAUUCUCAAGGCAUACGAACGCGCGGCAACGCCAGAGGAGCCCGUUGACACACGCUAUCCCAAGAUGCAGUGUCUAGCCGAGCUGAUGAACCACGUCAUUGGCGAGAAGGACAAGGAAUCUACGUCCCAACGCACUCUCGACUCUGCGCAAGGCCGGUCUCAGGCGCAGUUGCGCAGAAUGAUGUAUGAAAAGGGCUACCUCGACAAGCUGACUUCGUCUAUCGCCGAGGUUGACUUGAGCCACGCCGGUGUCAAGCGUGCUAUCAAAUACGUCCUCAGAGUUCUUCGCGUCCUGACAGAUACCGCAAAGGAACUGAGCCGCUCGCAUGUCAUUCCCUCGACAUCCCUUCCUGAGAAUGCGGAAGACGACAUCAUCUCAACGUCGUCCAUGUCUGACAUGGAUGACGAUCGAGAGGAGACGCCAGAUCUCUAUCGCAACUCGACUCUCGGAAUGCUCGAGCCUCGCGGAAGCGACGACGAGUCUGACGAUGAAGACGAAGACGAUGAUGAGGAGAUGUAUGACGACGAAUACGGCGACGAGCUUGACUACGGCGACGAAGACGUGUCCGACGAUGGUGAAGGGGGCGUCAGUGACGAAGACGAAGAGCUUGGUGAAAUGGGUGAGAUUGAGGGUCUUCAUGGAGAGCCUGGCGUCGUUGAAGUCAUCAUGGAUGAGGAUGAUGAUAUGGACGAGGAUGACGACGAACUCAGUGAAGACGACGAGAUGGAUUCCGAUGACAUGGAAGACAUGGAUGACCACGUUGACAUCGUGGAAGAGAUCGUCGACGAAGACGGCAAUCCCAUCGAAGAUGACGGUGCCUCGGAUUGGGAGAGCGAGUCGGACGAGGAAGAAGACGAGGAUGAUGAAGAUGUCGACUACGAGGCCGAAGCUCAAGAGCUCGAAGAAGCUCAUAUGCACGGCAUGGAGCCUGGCGAUAUCAUUGACAACCUCGCCCGGGCAGUUAUGGAUCCUGAAGACUACGAGGGCGACGAUAUGGACGACCUCGGAGAUCACUACAUAGACGACGGCCGUGACGAAGAUGACGACGAGGACGACGAUGAGGACAUGGAAGAAGACGAACUCAUCUAUGAUGAGGACUACCCUCAUGACCACCCGCCCCCCAACCUCCCAUCUGCUCUUGGAUGGGACACCUUGGUUGUGGAGCCAUUCGGCGGCCAUCCUCAUCAAGCUCACCGUCACCGCCAUGGACACCGCAGCCCGUUUCCUCCAGGUUUCAUGGUUGGCGGUGGUCGCGAUCCCCUUGGGGACUUCCGAAGCUACUUCUCCCCCCGGCACAGACCGAAUGCGGUGCCUAACAAUGCCGACGAUGGUGUCAACCCUCUCUUGCGUCGAAACGGCCAGGGCCGCGAUGCGUCCCCUCGCCCUGCGCCUGGUUCCGGCUUGAUUGGUCUGCGUCUGCCUCCAGACAUUUUCGGCCCUGCUGGGCAGCAUCUAUCUAACAGCCCUAUUGCCAUUCUGAACGACUUGGUUGCGUCUCUACCGGUUAUGCGUCAUGGCCAGUCUGCAGUCCAUCUGUCUAUCACCCAGAACGGACGUGGCGAAGUGAGAGAAUACCACGUUGCACCCCGUGAUGCCAGAGCGGACAACCGCCGCGAAACCACCUACCACGAGCCUCAACAAGCUGUUGCCUUUACACCCGAGACAACGUUUGAGCGUUACCAGGAAGAGGCCCGAAUUGUGUUCGGCGGCGCUCACUUUGUCGAGAAAGCCCAGAAGCUUAUCAACAUCAUCCUUUCAAAGCUGGUCCCUCCUGCCAUGGAGUUUGAGAAGAAACUCAAGGCUGAAGAAGAAGAGCGACGCAAGGUUCGGGAAGAGGAGCGCAAGAAAUUUGAGCAGCAGCAAGAGCAAGCAAAACGGGAAAAGGCAGCCAAGGAUGCCGAAGAAAAGGCUCUUCGCGAGAGAAAAGAAGUGGAAGAGCGCGAAGAGCACGAGCGCGUGACUGCUGAAGCUGCAGCCGCUGCAGGUGUGAACGAUGCGACGUCUGCUCAAGGAAACCGCCCGGAAGCGGCUGUGUCUCAGGCCAUGGAAGGUGUCGAGACACAGGAAGCAUCUGCACCCUCCGCAGAGGACACCGUUGAUGACGGUAGCCGUGUUCUGACAACAAUCCGAGGCGAGGAGGUCGAUGUCACCGAACUUGGCAUUGAUCCCGAGUAUCUCGCUGCCCUGCCAGAAGAGUUCAGGGAAGAAGUCAUUGCGCAGACUGUCAGCACUAGACGUUCACAGGCCCGGGAUGAAUCUGCCACUGGCGAACAAGGCGAGGUCUUCCAAGAAUUCCUGGAUGCCCUCCCCGAAGACCUGCGUCUGGAAAUCGUUCAGCAAGAACGCCAAGAAGCGCGCCGACGGGAGCGAGACGAGCAACGCCGCCAGGUGGCGACUGCAGGACAGGACCAGAUUGCGGUCGACAUGGACCCUGCAAGCAUCCUUUUGACCUUCCCCCCCGAGUUGCGCCAGCAGGUACUCAUGGAUCAGGGAGAAGACAUCAUGGACCAUUUGCCUCCCGAAAUGGCCGCCCAAGCCCGCCUACUCGCCCAACAGCACAGCGUUCAUCCUGCCGCCACAGGCAGAAGCCCGCCUGUGGUUGCGCGUCGCCCAGGUGCGCCGCCGGCCGAGUCCGGAGAAACUGCCGAUAACAAGGUCCAGCGACGAACCGUAGUACAAAUGUUGGACAAGGCUGGAGUCGCCACUCUUCUCCGUCUAAUGUUCAUUGCCCAGAUCGGUUCCAUCCGCAACUACCUGUUUAGUGUCCUGGCCGAUGUUUGCGAAAACCGACAGAACCGCCUGGAGGUGAUCAGCACCAUCCUGUUGAUUCUCCAAGAGGGAAGCACAGAUAUGGAUGCUGUUGAGCGCAGCUUCAGCCAACUGUCUCUCAAAGCCAAGAAGCCAAAGGACAAGGAUGCGGACCCGAAGACUCCUCAGAAUCUUAAGCGCACUCUGACGUCCCUGAGCACCGCCGUACAACAACAGUCCAACUCAGAGAUCUCGCCGCUUAUGGUGGUCCACCAAUGCCUAGAUCUUUUGCAAGAUCUUUCGACGAAGAACCCGCACAUCCCGAUGCUUUUCCUGACAGAGCAUGAGGCAGUAGGGUCCUCUCUCAAGCGUACGCUCAGCCGAAAGGGCAAGACCAAAGAUUCCAAGGCACACAAGUACGCGAUCAACUCCCUGCUCAGUCUUCUUGACCGAGACUUGGUUAUGGAUAGCUCGGUCGUAAUGGCGUACCUGGCCGACCUUCUUAACAAGAUCACCGUGCCCCUGGCAACCAUGGAACGACGCCGCCGCGAGGCCCUGGAGAAGGCCGUCCGGGAGGCAAAGGAGAAGGCUGCGGAGAAUGCCGUAGAGGCUGGCGAUACUUCUAUCGCAGUCGACCAGCCGGCAAACAACCAAGCUCCCGAGGCGACGACUGCCGAUGCAGGUGCCAAUGCCGAAAACAAGGAAUCCAAGGUGCCGAGUGCCGAGGCAGGCGCACAUUCGGAGAACUCCAAGAGCAACGACAAGGCAGAUGCGAGCCAGAAAGCACCUCGACAAAUGCAGGUUCCCGUCAUCCCGCCACACAACCUGACGCUUGUUAUCAAGAUUUUCGUCGCCCGCGAGUGCAGCUCCAAGACCUUCCAGAACACUAUUUCGGCCAUCAAGAACCUCUCUGCCAUUCCCGGCGCCAAGGCUACGUUCGGACAAGAGCUUGUCCGACAAGCCCGUGUGCUGAGCGAGAACAUUGUGGCGGAUCUCGAUGAGCUUCUUCCCCACAUCGAGAAGGCGACGUCCGGAACCGAGAUUCAAGGUGUUGCGCUUGCCAAGUUCUCCCCCGGUGCUUCCGAGCAAAACAAGCUGCUCCGCGUUCUCACCGCGCUGGACCACUUGUUCGACAACAAGAAGAAGAAUGACAAGGCGGACGAAGAGGCGGAGACGAGCAUCAAUGAAAAGCAGGAUCUCGUCACGUCCCUUUACCACAACUCGACCUUCUCGACGAUGUGGGAGAAAUUGAGCGCCUGUCUCAGCGCCAUUCGUGAGAGAGAGAACAUGGUCAAUGUGGCUACCAUCCUUUUGCCUUUGAUCGAGUCUCUCAUGGUCGUCUGCAAGAAUACUGCUAUGAACGAUGAUCCGCAGGCGCCGAACCAGACAAGCAAAGAGAUGCUGCUGUCCAGCCCGCCGCCAGAGAACCGCAUGGCUGGGCUCUUCUUCACCUUCACUGAGGAACAUCGGCGAAUCCUGAAUGAGCUGGUUCGCAACAGCCCCAAGCUUAUGUCCGGAACCUUUGCGCUUCUAGUCAAGAACCCUAAGGUGCUCGAGUUCGACAACAAGCGAAACUACUUCAACCGCAGCGUGCACAGCCGUUCCAGCAACAAUCAACGACCGUCGUUCCCGGCUUUGCAGCUCUCUGUCCGUCGCGAGCAUGUCUUCCACGACUCCUUCAAGUCCCUCUACUUCAAGACCGGCGACGAGAUGAAGUAUGGCAAGCUCAACAUCCGCUUCCACAACGAGGAGGGCGUGGACGCUGGAGGUGUGACGCGCGAAUGGUUCCAGGUCCUGUCAAGGCAGAUGUUCGAUGCCAACUACGCCCUCUUCAUUCCGGUCUCGUCCGACCGCACCACGUUCCACCCCAACAAGCUGAGUGGCAUCAACGACGAACAUCUCAUGUUCUUCAAGUUCAUCGGGCGCAUCAUCGGCAAGGCCCUGUAUGAGGGCCGCGUACUUGACUGUUACUUUAGCCGCGCUGUCUACAAGCGCAUCCUUGGCAAGUCCGUCUCCGUCAAGGACAUGGAAUCCUUUGAUCCCGAUUACUACAAGUCCCUCGUUUGGAUGCUCGACAAUGACAUCACAGACAUCAUCACUGAGACAUUCUCGGUCGAGGACGAUGAGUUCGGCGUCACUCGGACUGUCGAUCUGUGCCCCAACGGCCGCGACAUUGCUGUCACCGAAGAGAACAAGCACGACUACGUGCGCUUGGUUGUGGAACACAAGCUGUUGUCGUCUGUUAAGGAGCAGAUGGAGCACUUCUUGAAGGGCUUCCACGACAUCAUUCCCGCGGACCUCAUCUCCAUCUUCAACGAGCAGGAACUGGAGCUGCUCAUCUCAGGAUUGCCCGACAUCGACGUCGACGAUUGGAAGAGCAACACGGAAUACCACAACUACACCCCGUCGUCCCCGCAGAUCCAGUGGUUCUGGCGAGCAAUCCGCUCAUUUGACAAGGAAGAGCGAGCCAAGCUAUUGCAGUUCGUGACGGGAACCAGCAAGGUACCGCUCAAUGGAUUCAAGGAGCUGGAGGGUAUGAAUGGUGUCAACCGCUUCAACAUCCAUCGAGACUACGGCAACAAGGAGCGACUCCCCAGCUCCCAUACAUGCUUCAACCAACUUGACCUCCCUGAGUACGAGAGUUACGAGAUGCUUCGCCAACAGCUCAUGAAGGCCAUCACAGCGGGAAGCGACUACUUCGGCUUUGCAUAA